AUGCACAAGACACAACCAACACUCACCCACACAAGCAUCCAAGGUGUGAAACAAACAGAGGCAUUCAUUGCUGCCCCCCCCAGAAUCCCGCCCCUGUCGUAAUGGGGGUGUGUGUGUCUCUUUGACCUCUGACCUUGCUGGGUUCCGCUGCCUCUGCCCCCCCUAUACCACCGGGACAUACUGUGAAACACAGCUGACACAGGUACUACCACAUAGAAUAGACAUUUAAACUAUUCUAGAUUAGUGUAUUAGAUUAAACUAAACUUUACCAUACUAGUGGAGUGUGUUGGUGUGAUUCUUGUGUGAUCCUUGUGGCUGCUUGGUUUAUCUGACAGGUCAGAAGAACAUUUGACAGGCUUGAGGUGGGUCAGAACUCUGACAGGUUUGGACACCACUUUAUAGAGUUUUGUGUUUUCUAGAGUUGUGUGUGUUGUAGAGUUUUGCUGUGUCCUGCAGAGCUGUGCGUUUUCUAGAGUUGUGGGUGUGUGUGUACUGUAGAGCAGCGAUUCCCAACUUUUUCCUUUCUGGGGAAAUCACUGUCAAAAGCGCUUGAGGACCACCAUUCACAGAGUCGCGAUUUUUAUUAAACAUAAAAUAUCUUAGCAGUCAAAUUUAGAGUUCAUUUUUACAGCGAAUGUAACAGAUUAAAUGCCUAUUAUUACAGAUGGAUGUUUGUUAAAGAAUUUGCAUUGUGAUAAGUAAUGUAAAAUUGUUUAUAACAUCAUUAUGUUAUUAUUUUUGGAAGAAAAACUAAUUAAAACAAUUGCGGCCCACCUGCAGUACCCCCGCAGACCACACGUUAAAAACCACUGCUGUAGAGUUGUGUUGUAGAGUUGCUUGUGUAAUGCAGAGCUGUGUUUUCUAGAGUUUUGCAUUGCUGAGUAGUUAAUGUUGUAGAUUUUUCCUGAGAUGUAAAUAGCGUGUAGUGAUCUGCUGUGGGGUAGUGCUGUGUAAGAGCUAGAGCUGUGUUGGUAAACAAUCUGGGUUGAGUUUCCCAAAAGCUUCAUAGCUAAAGUGGUACUUUUCUCUCAAGGACUGAGACCCAAGUUACUCUGAAAGCCGAUUUAUGGUCUAUCCGAGGUCUGCAGUGGCCAUACAACAUUUACAGCUAUGCGGCCUCCGCAGAAGUUAGAGCAUUCAUACUUCUUACUCUUCGGGGAGCUGUCAUACGCAUCCAAUAAAUUGGUCUGCACCGCACCAUUCGUAGUGAUUCAGGGCUAAUCUCUAUAGCCAUCCAGCUAAUUACGAGCAACUGGCUAAAUGAAAAGACAAGACCGUACCUCUUCUGAGAUGUUGGAGUCCGUGUCCCGGUGCUUGACAUAGGUUGCCCAGCCAAGAUAGCAUGGAGGUAAAAAGGCUGCACAGUUUUCCCACCUGCAUCUCCAUCCCAAAUCUUCCAAUUGCCCCCCAGCAAAAUUAGCAUAGAUUUAGGCUAUUGUUUAUAUGUGUAUUUCACACUAUGUUGAGGUAAAAAUUGUAUAAUGCUUGUAUGGAUGUCAACCCCAAUACAUGUUCAUGUCAUCGUUAUCAAUCAGCUGCAUUACAGUUAAAAACAACUUUGACUACCACUUUUUCUAAACCUGAAAAGGGACAACAUCUAAAUGUUAUGGAGCGAAAACACCCAAAUAUAUCCAAAUGGGAUUUUAGUAACCAUAUUAUGGCCCUGUUACAAUACAUCAAUCAUGACGGAUUUGACAAAUAUCCAAUUUGUUAGAUCAAAUUUGUUGAAUGUGCGCCAAUCCAGCAGCCUUCUAUCCCCCACUAUCUGCAUUCCAUUGACCUCUUUACCGCAUCUAGCCGCAUUACCUCCCCAAUCUCUUUCCAGGAGUUCAAACUCAUUUUCGUGUCUUUGAAAUCCCUACACGAUUUCAAAGACACAAAAUAUGUAUUUUAUUUGUGAACUUGUUCUUAUCAGUGGUGAGGGGAGGAUGGCUCAUAAUAAUGGCUGGAACAGAGUUCUCCAUGUUUGUUCAAAGUUCUCCAUGUUUGUUGUCAAGGAAGGUGUCAAGGAAGUGAGUUUGUGUUUAUAUAGGAUGUACCAUCCCCACCUACCAUCAACCAAUCAUUUCAAUGCGGAGCUAUACGGUGCUAUGUGGAGCCCUCUGCAUUGUUACAACAUUUGGGAGGCGCACGGCAUCGCCGUACGGAGCUCGAUUUGGCCUCCGUAAGCCUCUGGAUGCUUCGCAAUUGCGUCACACCCGCCUUAUGGAAACCUCCGGACCGCAGUCCGGAUCAAGCAUAAAUUGGCUUUUAAACAAAGUGCUUCAUUCAUUGUCAAAAAUACAUUUCGCAAUUGUUACUCUCUCACGCCUGGUGCGGCUAGGUUGUUGAGAGAAAAACUUAACGUUAGCUAUGAGGCUUUCCGGAAACUCACCCCUGCUUUGUAGUACUUCAUGCCUAACAUUAGACUAGCAUUGUCCUGAUGUUUAAUGGAGAAUGCUGCACUGGGUUAGGGAGGGUAAGAGGCACUGUGUGUGUGAUUGUGUGUGUGUGUGUGUGUGUGUGUAGGCAUGCUGGCAGCCCCGUCCAGAGGGCAGCUGUAGAGGUCAGAGUUCACCUCAGCGUCGCUGGUUCUUCAGCCCUGCCCACGGCCGCUGUGACCACUUCCUGUUCUGCACAGGAAACAGCAACAACAACUUCCUCUCCCUCGAGGCUUGCCAGGAGCAGUGCAUGAUGGGAGCCUGCUGCUUCCGCCUGCCCAAACCGAGUCCUCUCAUUGGCUACGACAGCCAGGGCAACGGUCGCCAGGGAGAUAACACAACCUCUGACCAGGAGCAGAGUGGGAGGGGCCAAAAGGAGGAUGAGGCGUGGUUUGGAGAAAUAACUGACAAGAGGACAUUGGAGGAGGACGGAUCUGAGCACUUUGGUUACCAGUGGAUCAACCUGACCAAGCCAGACCAGCAGAGAGAAAGAAAGGAGGAGAGAGGGAGAGAGAAAAAUGCUAGUGGGUUUGACUCUAGAGGGAUGGAUACUGAUUUCACCUACAGCUGUGAGUACCUGUCUGUGUCGGCCUGUCAGGCCAGGGUCAGGGACCUCCACGGAGAGGGAGAGGCUGUGAGUUUCUCUCCCGGCCAGCGCUGCUCUGAUGUGGACUGCGGCCACGCCGGUGGCUGCCUCUACCAUAGCCUGCCACAGAGCUACGGGGAGAGGUUCAGGCAUGGCUGUGAAGAGUGUUUGUGUAAUCAAAGCGGAGCGGUGCAGUGUGGGUGUAGUCAACUGACACAGCGGAAGGAGAUACGAGACCUGACCCUGAAAGAGAGACGUCAGUACCAACGAGCCAUCAGGAGACUCUACGCACAGCCAGGUACACCUGUGUACAGCUAACUCCCAACUACAUUUAGCUAGUUACACCUGUGUACAGCUAACUCCCAACUAGCUAGGUUCACCUGUGUACAGCUAGUCUGCACUAGGUACACCUGUAUAGCUAACUUCCAACACAGCCAGGUACACCUGUGUACAGCUAACUCCCAACUACAUUUAGCUAGUUACACCUGUGUACAGCUAACUCCCAACUAGCUAGGUUCACCUGUGUACAGCUAACUCCCAACUAGCUAGGUACACCUGUGUACAGCUAUAGUGAGCUCCAAAAGUAUUGGGACAGUGACACAUUAUUUGCUGUUUUGGCUCUGUACUCCAUCACUUUGGAUUUGAAAUGAUACAAUGACUAUGAGGUUAAAGUGCAGACUGUCAGUUUAAAUUUAUUUUCAUCCAUAUUGGUAGACUGUUUAGAAAUUACUGCACUUUUUGUAUCAUGAUGAGUGAGAACGUUACAGACACACACAUAUCAUACCCCCCCAAUUAUGCUAACCUCCCCUGUUAUUGUAAUAGUGAGAGGUUAAGAGCAUUGUGUCAGUAACUGAAAGGUCACUGGUUCUAAUCCCCGAGCCGACUAGGUGAAAAAUCUGUCAAUGUGCCCUUAAGCAAGGCACUUAACCCUAAUUGCUCAUGUAAGUCGCUCUGGAUAAGAGCGUCUGCUAAAUGACAAAAAAAAUAUAUAUAUAUUCUAUUCUUAUUUAACAAUAAAAGUUACUCCAAAAUGACACAAUACAUUAUUUACCAUUCAUUUAUAUUGGGCACAAAAUAAUCUGAAACAUGACCAAAACAAACAGCAAAUGCAUCCAAGCUUGAUGUAGCCAUUGUGUGCUAUGAAUAUGGGACCAAAUACUUAACUUUUUACUACUUUAAUACACAUGUAAAUGAAUUUGUCCCAGUACUUUUUGUCGUCUAAAAUGGGGGGACUAUGUACCAAAAGUGCAGUUCUUUCUAAACGGUUCAACCGAUAUAGAUGAAAAUAACUUCAAAUUAAAGCUGACAGUCUGCACAUUAACCUCAGUCAUUGUAUCAUUUACAAUCCAAAGUGCUGGAGUACAGAGCCAACUACAAAAAUUCACUGUCCCAAUACUUUUGGAUCUCACAACUAGCUAGGUGCACCUCAGGGUUUCCGUUAGCUAGGAAUAACCGGCUUUUGGUCCCCCCCAAAAAAUGAAAAGCUGAUAAAUAAAACUGCCGCCGGUCAAAUUUGUUUUGCCUAUUCAUUGAUGGAAAUACCAGUCAAUGGAAAUACAUUUAACCAGUCAUGCUUAUCGGUCUAUAGGGUCAUUUACAUAAUUUAGUGGAAUUAAAUUGGUGCGUCGUUAUGUUUAUCACACAUGCACAGCAUACAGAUACAGAGCCUAUGAGUGGAAAAUCUGUCAGACAGUGCGAGCUGCUGCUACAGCUCCUCAAACAGCUCAUUCGUUACUGCUAGAGUGAAACAUGCUUUUAUAAGCCCAAUCAUUGCGCAACAAUUCUAAAUUCAAUCGCGUGUUAAAAACAGUUUUGAUGGCCACGAUUAAAAAGAGCUACUAUUUACAUUUCUCAACUGGUAAUUGAAGCACGCUUCCCAUUCGCUAUUCAAGUGCAGACACAACGGUAGGCAGGCUUCAGCACAUCACACACCAACUUACAAUGUGCUAGAGGCAGUAUGCAUUUUGAACACAUAUACUUAAUUGUUUGAAACCUGAACAUUAAUAUUAUGAGGCAUGUCUUGCCUUUCUUCAAACUAAAAUCUGACCAUAGAAACGUGGAGGCAAUUAUUUUAUAAAGACUUCCAUAUGCCGUUGACACCAGUAGCCUAUUUGUCUCAUGUUCUAUUGGUUUUCAAAUCAACUUUCUUUCAUUGUCCGGUAGCCAUAGACACAAUCCUAGUCAUAUUAGCAACCAAUGCUAGUUGUUGCAUCUUUAGAUCUCCUGUCUUUCUAAAUUUCUAACAGAUAUUUUCAUCUGUCACAUAAAACCACUCACAUGUGCAGUGAGCUUUUGACAACAGUGUUUUCCUGCAAAUUGCAUUAUGUAAAGAACAUUCGCGACUGAAAACAACAAGAUAACUAAUGUAAAAUAUACUGUGUCCAUAAAGUAUAUAUACUGUAGGUUCAGAACUUUUGUGAAACAGCAGAGAUAGAUGGGAGGGGUUGACGGUAACUGAAGGAUGGGAUUAAAAACAAACAAAAGAUAACUAUUGUAAAAUACAUUGUGUCCGUAAAAUGUACAGUCGUGGUCAAAAGUUUUGAGACACAACUAUUGGUCUUCACAAAGUUUGCUGCUUCAGUGUUUUUAGAUAUUUUUGUCAGAUGUUACUAUGGUAUACUGAAGUAUAAUUACAAGCAUUCCAUAAGUGUCAAAGGCUUUUAUUGACAAUAACAUUAAGUUUAUGCAAAGAGUCAAUAUUUGCAGUGUUGACCCUUCUUUUUCAAGACCUCUGCAAUCCGCCCUGGCAUGCUGUCAAUUAACUUCUGGACCACAUCCUGACUGAUGGCAGCCCAUUCUUGCAUAAUCAAUGCUUGGAGUUUGUCAGAAUGUGUGUAACCUACUGCCUUGUGUGGAUUGCUGCGCUUAUAAUAUGAAGAAAUAAUAGUUUAUCAACAUUUUAAGCUAAACGAUCUGAUCCGUUGCAUCAGCCUCAUUGCUUUUUCAAGUUUUCUUUUAUGUAGCCUAGGCCUACUGAUUAUAUGAUUUUGGGAUCUAUCGUCCCACAACUGUCCCAGAGUCUGUUUGGAAUCGGCUAUUUCUUUCUCAUACAGAACAACAAGCUGACCAAUAGAAUAGGUAAACUUUUCUCCUAUGGGGGAUAUUAGAUCGACAUAGGCUAGUGAUUUUGCUGUUCGUUACUCAUCGUGUUGGCUGAGGAAAAGUAAAUGUGGCAGUUAUUCUAACAUCUUCAAAGUGCUCAUCAGAAUUCCGUAAGAAGGACACCGCCGUUGCAUCUUCUAGUUGCAUGUUCUGUUAAGAUGAAUAAACAUAAUCUAAAUGUGAUUUCUGUCAUUCUGAGCAUCGUGGGUGGACGUCCUAAUCAGGUUACGCACCGAACGGAAACCCUGGUACACUUGUACAGCUAACUCCCUAGCUAGCUAGGUACACCUGUAUAGCUAACUCCAUACUACCCUGGUAUAUCUUUACAGCUUUUAAAUUAAAAUGCUGCCGGUCAAAUGUCCGGCGUCACAUCUUCCUAACGGAAACCCUGGUACACCUGUACAGCUAACUCCCUAGCAAGCUAGGUACACCUGUAUAGCUAACUCCCUACUAGCUAGGUACACCUGUAUAGCUAACUCCCUACUAGCUAGGUACACCUUUAUAGCUAACUCCCUACUAGCCUGGUAUACCUUUACAGCUAACACUAACUCUAAUAACCAGCUGCACCUGUUCAGCUUACUCUACUAGCUAGAUACACUUGUAUAGCUAACUCUACUAGCUAGAUACACUGUACAGCUUACUCUACUAGCUAGAUACACGUGUACAGCUAACUCUCUACUAGCCAGGUACACAUGUACAGCUAACUGAGAUUUGUUCUCUCUGAUACCUUAGAUCAGUCUUGUUUUCAUGUUGGUUUUUGUGUAGGUGUAUGGGACGGUUUCACCAAGCUGAGAGCUGAGUUCUCCCCUCAGGCUGGUGGCCACACCUACUUCCUGCCCUGGCAGCGCUACUUCCUGCGGGUGGUGGAGCAGGAGCUCCAGGCUGUGUCGUCAUGCCAACUGGGUGUUCCGUACUUCGAGUGGACGGUCGACUCUGGUGAUCUUUUGACCUCAGCUGUCUGGCAGGCCGAGAUGUUUGGAGGGGACGGAGAGAGGGAGAGGGAUGGCGAGAGGGAAAGGGAUGAAGAGAGAGAGAGGGAUGGAGCGAGUGAGGGGGAUGGAGAGCAAGAGAGCAACUCUGUCUCAGGCUGUGUCCCCCACCACUCCUUCCAGGGCUUGUCUGCACGGUUCCGCUGGUCCCCCUGUCUACGACGGAGCUUCAACACCUCGGUUAGCCUCAUGAUUUUACAAUUUUCCUCAUGUUUAAGGCUGUAUACACUAUGAAAGGAUUACUGUAUGUCAUUGCUAAAGGUCAUUAAAGUGAUCUUUAUUUGUCUGUCAUGUUUUCCUCUGACGUUGUCCCUUGGUCUCAGCAGGUGUCUGUGCCUGACGCGGUGAGCGUCCAGAGGCUACUGUCCCAAGGGAACUUCCUGUUGUUCUCCCAGGCUCUGCAGGGGCUGUCUGGGCUAUUUAGGCUCUGGGUGGGGGGCCACAUGGCCUCUCCUCUGGCCGCCUACGAUCCCCUCUACCUCUCACACGCCGCUUUCAUCGACAAGCUCUGGACACACUGGCAGGACAGGCACAGAGACGUGCACACUCACGAAGAAGCUCAUAGGCACACUCACGUACACACACAGUACCCGGUGAGGCAGCGUCACGUGAAGAUGAAGCCGUUCGGCAUUGCUCCUGAUGAUGUGAUGUCUUCACGGGAACAACUGUGUGUGGUGUACGUACCCAUAACCCUCGGAGCUCCCUGUAAUGUGACAUCAUCACUCCGUGCCGAAAGAGGGAAGGGCCGCCGCAGAGCAGCGAAAGACACUGCCAGCUAUCACAGAAAGAGACAAGAUACACACAACAACCAUAUACACAGCACCUAUGAUUACAACGCACAAGGCUAUGAUGGCUUUGACCACAGUGGUUACAAUCGCAAUGGAUAUGACAGACAAGGUUUCAACCGCAUGGGCUGGGACCUGCUUGGUUAUAGUAGGGAUGGUUUGGACCGUGACCACAUCGACAGAGAGGGCUAUGACAUUUCUGGAUACAACCGCUAUGGGUUUAACCGCCAAAAUGUUACAUGGUUCGGGAUGCGCUGGGAUGGAUUGUUUAUGAGGGAGGAAGAGAGAGAAGAGGAGAGUCAGGGGGAGAAAGAGAAGGAGAGUGAGGUGAGAGAAGAGGAGAGUGGAGAGAAGGAGGAGAGAGAACGAGAGAAGGUUAUGUCAGAGCUCUUUAGCGACAGUGGCUACAGUGUUUAUGGUUUUGACCCCUUUGGUUUGGACCGGGGUGGUUUUGAUGCGUUUGGCUUUCGACCAGACGGUUACGAUAAGGACAGCUGUAACUGGUUCUACAACGGACCGCACUACCUACGGUUCUACUACCACACCCAACAGCAGCUCAUUUCAGCCAAUCAACACACUCUUAACCACAUUACAAGAAUCUGCCCUCCAAUCACAGCCCUGCCUCAGCACUGGCCUUUGCAGGAUUGGAUGGCUCUGGACCCAGAGGAGAGCCAAGCCCUGAUUGGUCAGCUGGAGCGGGAGUGGGCGGGACAGAAGCGUUCUGAUGACGACUACACCCACAAGAUGAUGUCACAGAGGGGACGUGGCAUUUGGCUGCCGAUCACCCCAGACAGCAGGUAACCAUUGGUCAAUUAGAGAGGUGAUGUAAACAGUAGCCAAUGAGUAGUGAGUAGAUCGCUUUACAGUAGAAGUUGUUCUUGUAUCUUCUCAUAGGUUUGUGUGUGUGUUGUAGGUUUUGUUUUGAACUACACUGGUUCUCCGGUUGUCCUCUUGGCUCUGCCCCCAUGACCUGCCCUGACCUCUGCCGUGAAGCACGUUGUCUUGGUAACCCGAUGGCUGAGUGUCGUUUGCGGAACUGUGGCUCCUGCUUCACUGAGUGGCUUGACCCAACCACCGGAGCAUACGUCAUCUGCCAGGGCUGGUAA